AUGGCAAAAAUCAAAGAAAUUCGAUGUAUUCGUACACGGGUGAAUGGAACUUGGGUUAUUGUGAAAAUCACCACUGACCAGCCGGGGCUCUACGGCAUCGGUUCUGCUAGCGACCACUACCAUGCGCAAACCGUCGUCACAGCGAUUGAGGAGUGCAUCGCCCCGCGCCUGAUUGGUCGGGAGGUUGGGCAUAUUGAAGACAUCUGGCAAUCCACCCUCACCAGUGGUUACUGGCGGAAUGGGUCAAUUUUGAACACUGCAUUGGGCGGCAUUGACAUGGCGCUUUGGGACAUCAAGGGAAAAGAGGCGGGGAUGCCGGUCUAUCAACUUCUCGGCGGUCCCUGUCGUUCUGCCGUGCCGUGCUAUGCCCAUGCUGGUGGUGGGGACUUCGUCGAGCUUGAAGACGAUAUCCGUCGCUACAUGGAAGAGGGGUACUCGGUCAUUCGAUGUCAGCUUGGUGGGUAUGGGGGCGGUGGAUUCAUUGAAGCCGAUAAAGCCGGGCAGCCGAAGAAUGCUUGGUCCAAUGCGCCUGCCUUUGAUGAUGAAGCAUACAUUGAGAGCAUCCCGAAAAUGUUUGAAUAUCUGCGAUCGAAGUUGGGGUUCGGACCGAAACUCACGCACGAUGUCCACGAGCACCUCCGCCCGCAGUGCGCGGUGACGUUGUCGAAACUCUUAGAACCUUAUCGCCUCUACUUUCUUGAGGAUGUCCUCUCACCUGAGCAGAUUGACUGGUUUCGUCUGAUUCGGCAGCAGUGCACCACCCCGCAGGCGAUGGGCGAGCUAUUUAUCAAUCCUCAUGAAUGGACAGCCCUCAUCACCGAGCGGCUGAUUGACUUCGUCCGGGUCCGGGUAUCAAAGGCCGGCGGCAUCACCCCGUGUCGUAAGAUUGCCACCCUCUGCGAAUGGUUCGGGGUCAAUACCGCAUGGCAGGAGGGGGGAGACAAUGACCCCGUAAAUCAAGUGGCGGCGAUGCACUUAGAUCUGGCGAGUUGGAGUUUCGGUAUUCAGGAGGAGAAUCACUUCGGUCAAGAGGAACUCGACAUCUUCCCCGGACACGCGAUUCUUGAAGGCGGAUACCUUUACGCCAAUGACCAACCGGGAUUGGGGAUUGACAUUGACGAGGCGAAGGCGGCGCAAAUGCUGAACGCGGAACAAGCCAAAAGACCCAAUUACGCCGCCGAAGAUCGGAAGGCAGAUGGAUCGAUAGUACGACCGUAA